GAAUUCAAGGGUGUUGUGAACCCUAUUACACACUUUUCUCUUAGAACACGACCAGGGAAGAGAAGCAGAGGAAAUGAGAGCAAGAUCUCCCACUUCUUUCAUCGUCUUUUAUCUGCCGUUGGCGAGGUGAUGCGAUCGGUCCCUCUCUCUUUCUCUCCCUCUCUCUGCUAAUUUUUCUUGUAGUUUUCAGCUUUACUGUUGUUCCAGCGAGAGAGAGGUCGAGGUCGAGGUCGAGGUCGAGGUUCCUCUGUGCACGAAGUAGUCAGAUCAUCAACAAAAAAGGAAGCAACAUGGGCAGCAGGUUGGGAAGACGGGUCAUUCAUUUUGCUAAUCUCCCUAUUAAGCUUCUCAUGCCAUCAACUUUCAGCAACAUCAAAGAAAUUGCACUCAAAACUAUCCCUUCAGCUUCAAAGAUCGAAAUUAAGAGAGUUCUUGAAUCAUUGUAUGGCUUUGAAGUUGAGAAGGUCCAAACCCUAAACAUGGAAGGGAAGAAGAAGAAGAGAGGUGGACUCCUGAUUGCAAAACCAGAUUACAAGAAAGCCUAUGUAACCCUAAAGAAUCCAUUAUCCAUCUCUCCUGAUCUCUUUCCGAUGCGCAUAAUUGAGGAGGAGAGGCAAAGAAUGAAUAAGCAGUCAAAGUCAAGCAUUGUUGAGGAAAAGGAAGUGAAAUCUCAUUGGCUUGAUGGCAUCGGCGACAACAGCAGAUUUAAGCCUGAGAAGCAACCAAGCAAGCAGGGAAGACGUGGUGGUCGUGGUGCUUUUGGUGAUACCAAUACUGGGACUACUAAAUUCCCUUGGAGUAGCAUGCAUUCAUCCAAGUAAUUUGUCUUCAUAAUUAAAGAAAGCUUCUUUUCUAUAUUUUCCUGUAGCUUUGAUUGUGGAAUUCUCAAGGUGUUGAUUUGAGCGAUCAUUUUGUUCUUGGAUUAAGUUGACGCAGGUGAGCGGACUUCAUUUUAAUCAGAAAAUAAUUGAAUAUCUUUAUUCAGUGAG